GCAAUCCAGAUCUCGAUCCCGCAUCCGGCCCAAUCCGUGCCAACUGCGCUUCCGCCUUCCAGAAAAUUUCCCCGUGUGUUGAGUCUGAGCCUCCGCCUCCGCUGUAGCGAAACCGGCCGACUUCUUUAACUCUCUCCUGACGAUCGCUUGACUAGCGCAGAGAGACUCAUCCUCAUCUCGCCCCAACAAGGUUCUCUUGUCUGCCCGGCUGUGCCUUCACGUCCUCUCCACAGAGGAUUCUUUGCCGUAGGCGGCCUUAGGUCCCCGACAUAUCAUUCUAAUACACGCACACGCACUUCAUUUAAACGAAGAUACGCCGUUUUACCACACAUGUCAGGCCGUAGGUAGCCGAAACCGCAGAUACAACACCCGUGUACGGCCUCGACACCGGCGCAAUGGCUGGUUACGCCGACAACUCUGAGCCGGUAACGCCGGCGGAUGAGUUCGCUCCGAGCAACCCAACAUCGCCGGGCUCCAUCGACGACUCCUCCGAGGCGAGCACGCCCCUCGAUCCGCCCAGCUCCGGCUCUGACGCGGUACCUGGACUCUCGCCGGGCAGCGCUAGCGAUCUGCCCCGUCGGAUCCCUGGUCUAAGGACGUUGUCAGAUCCGCAGUCUACUGCGCCUAUGAGCCCCAGCUCCAGCGUUACCGGCUUGUUGAGCACUGUGAGACGGCCGACCCCAAGCGCGAAUGCUCUGCCUUCGGACAUCAUGCAGAAGGCACGAGCCCUGCAAGAGCAGCGCAUGGGCAUGGCGGGCCGGGGAAGCGGUGGGCCCACAGGCAUGAGCAGGGACGUCAAUAUGAAGGGACCCGUCGCCGGCGGGCUAGCGGGUGGCCUGCCAUCCAACCUCAGGUUACCGGGUGGCAUGGGACGGCCCCUCCCUCCGGGGUUCCCGAAAUCUGCACCUGCGGUUCCCGGCAUAAAGAAGCCCCCGAGCUUGAGCGAGAGAAGAGCCAUGAAGCUGGGAAAUCUUUCCGGGUCCGGAGAUCCAUCACCAUCCGGAACGCCAAAACUGUCAGAUUUAGGGGCCGAUGCAGGCAAGCAGCCCGCCGUGAACGGGGAAGGGCGCGGCUCCAAGCUCAGCGACUUCAAGAAUUACAUCGAUGCAGACAAGGGCUGGAUCACAUUCGAGGGUGCCGCGACGAUCACCCGCACGGGGGUCAACUUUGCGAACGGCCAGACCUUCUCCAUCUCGCUCGACGAGAUCGAAGUGCUCGAUGAGUUGGGUAAGGGGAACUACGGCACGGUCUACAAGGUUAGGCAUGCAAGGCCAAAGGCGCCCCGUUUUGGUCAGGGGUUGAGCAGAUUCAAGAUGUCUCCUGCCUGGCAACAAUCUGCGGUUGAGACAGGCGAGGCCGGUGAAGAAACGUCACCAAAUUCGGCCGGGAGCGGCGGACGGGCAACCACAGGGGUUGUGAUGGCCAUGAAGGAGAUCCGGCUCGAGCUCGACGAGGCCAAGUUCACGACGAUUCUCAAAGAACUGGUCAUCCUACACGAAUGCGUCUCUCCUUACAUCAUUGACUUUUACGGCGCCUUUUAUCAGGAAGGCGCAGUGUACAUGUGCAUCGAGUACAUGGACGGCGGCAGCAUCGACAAACUCUACGCCGGCGGCAUCCCAGAGGAUGUCCUCCGCAAGAUCACGUUCGCGACCAUCAUGGGCCUCAAAACGCUCAAAGACGACCAUAACAUCAUCCAUCGCGAUGUGAAACCGACCAACAUCCUGGUCAACACCAACGGACAGGUCAAGAUCUGCGACUUUGGCGUGUCGGGCAAUCUGGUGGCCAGCAUUGCCAAGACCAACAUUGGGUGCCAGAGUUACAUGGCGCCCGAGCGCAUCAGCGGCGGUGCUCUUGUCGUUGGCGCACCUGGCGCCGCGGACGGGACGUACGACGUGCUGAGCGACAUCUGGAGCUUGGGUUUAACAAUCAUCGAGUGCGCUCUGGGGAGGUAUCCGUACCCGCCUGAGGUAUCGAGUACCAUCUUUAGCCAGCUCAGCGCCAUCGUAGAAGGCGACCCUCCCGACCUCCCCACGGAGGGCUAUUCUCCGCUCGCUCGCGACUUCGUGCGAUCCUGCCUCAACAAGAAUCCAAAGAAGCGCCACACGUACGCGAUGCUCCUCGCCCAUCCUUGGAUCAAGAGCCUAGGCAAGCCCGAGACGAUCACCGAGGACGCCGAGGCGGAGGAAGCGGCUGCCGAUAACGAGUUGGCCGACGCGACGGGCUCGCUGAGUCUGAACAACCCGUCGGGCUUGAUAGGCGAAGGAGAUUACGAGGUUGCCGAGUGGGUAAAAACCGUGUUAGAACGGAAGAGGGAGGGUUUGUUGCAGGAGCAGGCCGAGAGGCCUGCGUUGCACGCUGCGCCGCUGGAUUCGGUCAGUCCGGCUGGGAGCCCUCUUGGCGGGAUCAAACCAUGAAUCGUCGGGUGUUUUGGUCGGCUUGUGUUCCAGAUGGUUCAAG